AUGAGUGUUGUUCAAGGUACCGUUUACUACAAAGAUAAAGCAAUUGUAUUUGUUAAAGACGUUGAUAAUAAUAAGUUUCACUUAAAACCAUUGGUUGAACUAUUAGAAACUAUGCAAGGGAAUGGUGACGAUGAAGCAGGUAGAGUCUUGAAUUUGGUUACCUCUCAAGGUGAAAUGAUGGAAAAUGGAGAAACUUGGAUCAGUGGUGAUAUAGCUGAGGAAGUCUUUAAAAGAGGAGGAAUUCAUCAAGAAGUUGCUAAAGUAUUUACUAAUUACAAUGGUAGCAAUAAUGUUGAGGGUAGUGUUGAUAUCAGUGGUAAUGAUGUUAAGCUGAGGUUUGCCAAAGAAGCAUCUUUGCCAUCUAGUGAAAAGGAGAAGUUGAAAUUAGAAAGCUUUUUACAAAGGGUAUUGACACCAAAUGGAGAAGAUGAUAUGUUAGGUAAAGUUGAGUUCUCAAAGGUUGUUGGAGAGUUAGAUUGUGAGUAUCCUGGAGUCAAGUUGAAUUUUAAUGUUAAGGUUGAUGAACAUGGAAAUACGCCAUUGCAUUGGGUGGCUUCUGUAGCUAACGUUGAACUAGUUCGUGAUUUGAUUGCACAUGGUGCCGAUGUACUAGUUGGUGACAAUCAAGGUGAAUCACCAUUAGUGAAAGCUGUGAAAUGUGUUAACAACUAUGAACAUGGUACGUUUGAGAAAAUGUUAGUGUAUUUGUAUCCGUGCAUGUUGGUUAUGGAUCAUCACCAGCGUAGUAUUUUACAUCACAUAUCAGCAUUAUCAGGGCAAUCUGGAUAUAGUAUUGUCAGCAGUUACUAUUUGGAUGUCCUUAUGGGUUGGGUUGUGAAUGGAGAUAAAGGGAAGAUGAAGAACCUUGAUUUGAAGUGGUUGAUUGAGAACAUGUUGAACCGUAAGGAUGAUAAAGGGGAUACAUGUGUAAAUAUCGCAGCAAGAUUAGGUAGUGUACAGAUGGUUGAUACUUUGAUGGAGUAUGGAGCGGAUACGAUGAUGGCUAAUAACGCUGGAUUGAGAGCAUAUGAUUUCUCAGUUUAUCAAGGUAAUUUAAAAAAUUCAAGCGGUGGUGGUGGUGUUAGUAAUAAUGAUGCUAUUAGUGGUGGUAGAAAUUCUGUUAGUGGAUUUAAUGCUACCAAUGAUGAGACCUGUAGUAAUCAGAGUGGUAACAUUUUAAAUGAGAUCCAAAACUUAAUCGGCAACUUGUCACAAGAGCAUGAGGUUGAAACAGAGAAGAAUCAGAAAAAAGUUCAAGAUCUGUAUCAAGAGUUGGAUAUGAAAAGACAAAAAUUAGCGGAAGCGAGGGAAUCGCUAGCGAAGGCGAGACAAGUAGCAGAUGAAACAAGCUUGUUGCAAGAACAAUUGAACAAUAUCAGAAGUGAGAUCGAAGUCGUUGAUGGUAGAACAGGGGCUGUAAGUAGUGAAAUUUUAAUUAAUGAAGUUUCAAAAGGAAUUGAAAAGGAUAAAAUAUAUGAACAUAAAGAGGUAAAUAUAGAAGAUAGUAAACUAGGUAUAAAGGAGAUGAGAGAGCGUAUUGAAGCAUAUAAGAAGGACGAAGAGGAGCUAGAGGAUACGUUGGAAAGCAUAAAGCGAAAACAGACAGAUUUAGAAAGCAAGUUUAGAAGAGUCUUGUCUCUGUGUUUAAAAAUUGACGAGCAUAAAGUUGAUGCUAUGCUUGAUGGAUUGUUGCAGGCCAUUUCCUCCGAGGAUCCACAAGAUGUCGAUACUGACGAAAUGCAACAUUUUUUGAAAAAGCACGCACGUAUCUAA